CCAGGUUGUCGGACAGCACAGUUCAAUAACAACAGCGCUACCAAACAGAACCCACUUCUGAACGAAAGGCGCUAAUUUGCUAAGAAAAACAACAAAUUUCUAUUGCUAGAUUUCACAAAUACUACGAGUAAAUAUUAACAAUGGCAAAGUUUUUGCUUGGCUUUCUAUUUUUGACUGUUCUAGUCAUGUGUACACAAGCGGCGCCUUCAGAGAGUAUCGCAAUUGCUGAUGCUUCGGCCGAGGUGGAUGACCUUUCUACGGCGGACAGCAUUGGCAUCGGCUAUUAUGCGCCCUCUUACUAUCGUCCAUAUUACGGCGGCUAUGGCGGCUACAAAUACGGCGGAUAUAGCGGUUAUGGCUAUGGCGGUUACAGAGGCUACGGACGCUACUAUCGCCGACCCAUUUAUCCAGUUUGGGGCUGAGAUCAAGACAC